AAUACUCAAUACAAGAUGCUGGAGACAUGAUAUUAGCUUAUCAGACACACUUGGAUGAAUUCUGCGAGAACAAAUUAACAAUGUUUUGUGAUCAUCCACUUAAGAGAUUAUCUUCUUCUCUUCUCACUUGUGAGACGAUCAAGUUUGUUCUGAAAUGGAAUCCAAGUGAGCAUUCUCUCUCCAGUAUCAGAGCCCUCCUAUGGAAAACGUUCAAGGAUAAUCAAGUGGAGGUGGUAGUGAUCAAGGAAGGGAACUCCAUCAUUGUUACUUGUUAUGCUCCUCAUUAUCUAAUGGAGAGUUUACUAGUGACAGCUAGAGAUAAUGUUGAUAUGCUAAAGGAGAUGGGAUUGAUUAGUUUAACUAUUGGUUACUAUACUGUGUAUGAUGAACAUGCAAUUGAUGAGGAGGUGAAGAGUCUAAUGAAGAAACUGGAGAUGGUAGAGAGUGAAAGAGAUGAUUUACUUGAGGAGAAUGCUAAAUUGAAGGGCACAAUAGACACAUUAGGUAUAUACUAA